CAGUGACACCGAGCGCAGCCGAGUCAGAUCGAACGAGCCUAUCCUCCGCCUAGUCCGCAGCCCAGCGCCGCGGCAGCAUGAGUGCGCGCGGCCCGGCCCUCGGUCUCCUGUUGUUGCUGUGUCUGGCACAGGGCAGGAUCCAGGAAAUCAUGGCCUGGCCAGAUCCUGUUGCUGUGCAUAAGGCUUUCCUGGGACACACACACGACCAUCACUUACCAGUUGUCUGUGCUUCCUCUUGAGCUACAACAGGCGGAGCUGAGUAUUUACCACAGAGACCUAUGGCCCACAAGUCUACAAUAUUUAAUACAGUAUUUGGCCCUUUAAGGAAAAGUGUAUCUACCCCUAGGACAAAUAUGACACUCACCAGAGCUCUGGGCCCAGAACACCUACUGACUUAUGCAGUGAGAAUGAAUGCCCUGAACCCUGGCCAAGCACUGCCUGAGGCUGACCUGCCUCUGCCCCAGAACAGCUCACCUGGUCCAGGGAGCACCUGGCCUGGAACCAGGGAAAAGGAGUCAGAGUUAAAUUCAGUGGAGCCAAGGAGUCUUGGGUGAGGCUUGUAAGAGGGAGGACGUUCCAGGAUGGGUUGGACUGAAGCCUGUGGAGAAAACAGGGGGGCUGGAGACAAGCCUGGAGUCCGGCCUGGAGACCUGAGUAGAUGCCGUUAAGCACAGGUGUUUUCACAGUCCUGUGUUUGGUAUGGAGAGUGUGGAAUUGCCUCUGGAGAUAAGAGGUACAAUUGCAAAUACUCUGGAGCACCAAAACCAUUGCCAAAGAACGGGUAUGAUUUAGUGCAGGAGCUCUGUCCAGGAUUCUUCUUUGACAAUGUCAGUCUUUGUUGUGAUGUUCAGCAGCUUCAGACACUGAAAGACAACCUGCAGCUGCCACUACAGUUUCUAUCCAGAUGUCCUUCCUGUUUUUAUAACCUAAUGAACCUGUUUUGCGAGCUGACAUGUAGCCCUCGACAAAGUGAGUUUUUGAACAUUACAGUAACUGAAGAUUAUGUUGAUCCUGUUACAAACCUGACGAAAACAAAUGUAAAAGAAUUACAAUACUAUAUUGGAGAAAGUUUUGCCAAUGCGAUGUACAAUGCCUGCAGGGAUGUGGAGGCCCCCUCAAGCAACGACAAAGCCCUGGGACUCCUGUGUGGGAAGGACGCUGAAGCCUGCAAUGCCACCAACUGGAUUGAGUACAUGUUCAAUAAGAACAACGGCCAGGCACCUUUCACCAUCACGCCCAUUUUUUCAGAUCUCCCAGCAUAUGGGAUGGAGCCCAUGAACAAUGCCACCAAGGGCUGUAACGAGUCUGUGGAUGGGGUCACCGGGCCGUGCAGCUGUCAGGAUUGCUCGGCCGUUUGUGGCCCCAAGCCCGAGCCGCCGCCCCCUCCCGUUCCCUGGCGAAUCCUAGGCCUGGACGCCAUGUAUGUCAUCAUGUGGACCACCUACAUGGCAUUUUUGCUCGUGUUUUUUGGAGCAUUUUUUGCCAUGUGGUGCUACAGAAAGCAAUACUUUGUCUCCGAAUACACCCCCAUUGAUAGCAAUAUAGCUUUCUCCGUAAAUGCCAGAGACAAAGGAGAGGCAUCUUGCUGCGACCCACUUGGUGCAGCAUUUGAGGGCUGUCUGAGGCAGCUCUUCGCACAGUGGGGCUCCUUCUGCGUCCGAAACCCCGGCUGCGUCAUUUUCUUCUCCCUGGCCUUCAUUGCCACGUGUUCUUCAGGCCUGGUGUUUAUCCGGGUCACAACCAAUCCAGUUGACCUCUGGUCAGCCCCCAGCAGCCAGGCACGCCUGGAAAAAGAGUACUUUGAUGCCCACUUUGGGCCUUUCUUCCGCACAGAACAGCUCAUCAUCCGUGCCCCCCACACCGACGUACACAAGUAUGAGCCGUACCCCUCAGGGUCCGACGUGCCCUUUGGACCUCCUCUUGACAUAGAGAUUUUGCACCAGGUUCUUGACUUACAAACAGCCAUCGAAAACAUUGCUGUGUCUUAUAACAACGAGACUGUGACGCUUCAGGACAUUUGCUUGGCGCCUCUUUCACCAUAUAACAACAACUGCACCAUUAUGAGUGUGUUGAAUUACUUCCAGAACAGUCAUUCCAUGCUGAAUCACAAAAUAGGGGACGACUUCUAUGUGUAUGCGGAUUACCACACACACUUCCUGUACUGUGUACGGGCGCCUGCGUCUCUGAAUGAUACAAGUUUGUUGCACGAUCCUUGCCUGGGAACGUUUGGUGGACCGGUGUUCCCGUGGCUUGUGUUAGGGGGCUAUGAUGAUCAAAACUACAAUAACGCCACAGCCCUGGUGAUUACCUUUCCUGUCAAUAAUUACCAUAAUGAUACAGAGAAGCUCCAAAAGGCCCAGGCCUGGGAAAGAGAGUUUAUUAAUUUUGUGAAAAAUUACAAGAAUCCAAAUCUGACCAUUUCUUUCUCUACUGAACGAAGUAUUGAAGAUGAACUGAACCGUGAAAGUAACAGUGAUAUCUUCACUGUUGUAAUCAGCUAUGCCGUCAUGUUUCUGUAUAUUUCCAUAGCCUUGGGGCACAUCAAAAGCUGUAGCAGGCUUCUGGUGGAUUCUAAGGUCUCCCUGGGCAUAGCGGGUAUCCUCAUCGUGUUGAGCUCAGUGGCGUGCUCGCUGGGCAUCUUCAGUUACAUUGGGGUCCCCCUCACCCUCAUUGUGAUUGAGGUGAUCCCGUUCCUGGUGCUGGCUGUUGGGGUGGACAACAUCUUCAUUCUGGUCCAGACCUACCAGAGAGAUGAACGUCUUCAAGGGGAAACCCUGGACCAGCAAGUGGGCAGGGUCCUUGGAGAAGUGGCUCCUAGUAUGUUCCUGUCAUCCUUUUCAGAAACCGUAGCAUUUUUCUUAGGAGCGUUGUCAGUGAUGCCAGCCGUUCACACUUUCUCUCUGUUCGCGGGAAUGGCAGUCCUCAUUGACUUCCUUCUUCAGAUUACCUGUUUUGUGAGUCUCUUGGGAUUAGACAUUAAGCGUCAAGAGAAAAACCGGCUGGACAUCCUUUGCUGUGUCAGAGGUGCUGAAGAUGGAACAGGCAUCCAGGCCUCAGAGAGCUACUUAUUUCGGUUCUUCAGAAACUUCUAUUCUCCACUUCUGCUUAAGGACUGGAUGCGACCAAUUGUGAUAGCAGUAUUUGUGGGUGUUCUGUCAUUCAGUAUCGCAGUCCUGAACAAAGUGGAAAUUGGAUUGGACCAGUCUCUUUCAAUGCCAGAUGACUCCUACGUGAUAGAUUAUUUCAAGUCGCUCAGUCAGUACCUGCAUGCGGGCCCGCCCGUCUACUUUGUCCUGGAGGAAGGGCAUGACUACACCUCCCUGAAAGGACAGAACAUGGUGUGCGGGGGCAUGGGCUGCAACAGCGACUCCCUGGUGCAGCAGAUAUUCAGCGCGGCGGAGCUGCCCAACUAUACCCGAAUAGGCUUUGCUCCCUCAUCCUGGAUUGACGAUUAUUUUGAUUGGAUUAAGCCACAGUCUUCUUGCUGUAGAGUCUACAAUAGCACCGAUCAGUUCUGCAACGCUUCAGUGGCCGACCCUGCCUGCGUCCGCUGCAGGCCUCUGACCCCAGAGGGCAAACAGAGGCCUCAGGGUGAAGACUUCAUGAGAUUCCUGCCCAUGUUCCUUUCUGAUAACCCGAACCCCAAGUGUGGCAAAGGGGGACACGCUGCUUACGGGUCCGCAGUUAACAUCCUUGACAAUGACACGGGUGUCGGAGCCACAUACUUCAUGACCUACCACACCGUGCUUCGGACCUCUGCUGACUUUAUUGACGCCAUGAAAAAAGCCCGCCUCAUCGCUGGUAACAUCACCAAAACCAUGAGCCAGGAAGGAAGUACUUACCGUGUGUUCCCAUACAGUGUGUUCUACGUCUUCUACGAACAGUACCUGACCAUUAUCAAUGACACAAUCUUUAACCUCUGCGUGUCCCUGGGCGCAAUCUUUUUGGUGACCAUGGUUCUCCUGGGCUGUGAGCCGUGGUCCGCAGUCAUCAUGUGUGUCACAAUCGCCAUGAUACUGGUCAACAUGUUUGGCGUCAUGUGGCUGUGGGGCAUCAGUCUGAACGCGGUUUCCUUGGUCAACUUGGUAAUGAGCUGUGGCAUUUCCGUGGAGUUCUGCAGCCACAUCACGAGAGCGUUCACAGUGAGUGCCAAGGGGAGCCGCGUGGAACGGGCAGAAGAGGCGCUGUCUCACAUGGGCAGUUCUGUAUUCAGUGGAAUCACACUUACAAAAUUUGGCGGGAUUGUGGUGUUAGCCUUUGCCAAAUCUCAAAUUUUCCAGAUAUUUUACUUCAGGAUGUAUUUAGCUAUGGUCUUACUGGGAGCCACUCAUGGAUUGAUAUUCCUCCCUGUCUUGCUCAGUUACAUAGGACCAUCAAUAAAUAAAACCAAAAGUUUGGCCACUCAAGAGCGAUACAAAGGUACAGAGAGAGAACAACUUCUCAAUUUCUAACCCUACUACAGGGUGUGGGGACUUUGAACUGUGUCUGCAGGUCAGUCAGUUCGCCACUGGACAGUAGCUGCACUGUCAAGGCUGAGCUGAAUGAACACCAGAUGUUACCAGACUUGAGGUGAUUAAACAGCAGCAGCUUUGGCCACAGUGCUUUUAAACUCAGGAAUGCAAAUCGGACUUGUAAAGCAGUAUUACGAAAUCUGAAGGCAACCCCAGGACAUGAAUGCGUCUUCCAGUUCUCUAGGAAUGAAACCUAAUUGUUCAGAAAGUGGAAGGUUGACACUAGGAUGGCUGUGAAUGUGAUCUGCUCAUUGACACUUGUUAAAGGCCAAUCAAUGCAACGUUUCUCCUUUUUUUGAGGAGUAAGCCAUCACACAAGGUCUAUACCCUAUUUUUAGUUAACAUUGGAGGAUAUUGCAGACAUACUUUAUUAUAACAUUUUGUAGUUUAAAGAGCUUUAUUAAUGCAAUAAAUUAACUUUGUACACAUUUUUAUAUAUAAAAAAACUAGCAAGGGAUUUCAGAGUGUUGCAGGCCUCAUUAGAGCUUGGUCUCCAAAAACCUGUUUGAAAAAAGCAACAUGUUCUUCACAGUGUUCUCCUAUAAGGAAAAACAGAUGUAAUCCAUUAGAUGUGGCACAGAAAGAGAGGAAAAGAGAAUGAACAGUGCAGCUCAUUGAUGUGUAUACUAGGUUUUAACUUAUUUUUCUUUCAUAAAACACUUUUGUUUUCCUACG